AUGGCCCAAGGGAGGCUCUUCAGACCUCGAAUAGUCGCCCAGUCGCAUAUCCUGCGCGCCAGCCGAGCAUUGCAUCAGUCAAGAAUUCUUCGCAAUGACAAGAACAUUAGCCCUGCCACUCCGCAGCUGGCACCUGUAAACCCAUUCCUCAAUCCUCCAGCUUCAACGCGUCCGCCGCCACUGCAACCCGUCGAGCCUCAGCCGUCCACCGUCAAGUAUUACUUCCAGCUGGGCAAAUCCUACGUCAAAUUCUUCACCCAGGGCGUCAAGGCCGUCGUGACGAACGCCAAGCUGCUCAACGCCAAAGUCAAGAGCCUGCCCAGGGCUGAGCGGCCCACGAUAUUCAAGCCUCGCUAUGUUCCAGAUUCCUUCUCCCGCGCAGACUGGGUACUGCUGUGGCGAAAUAGGCACGAUCUCGUGCGGCUGCCCGUGUUUGCACUGUUCUUCAUGGUUGCCGGCGAAUUCACACCCCUCCUGGUCGUCUUCGUCAGCGGCAUACUGCCCUUCACAUGCCGGUUCCCGAGUCUGAUGAAGGAUAUAUUGGAAAAAGCUGAACGGCGGCGUGCGGCGGCAUUCAACGAUCUGGAGAGCAAGUAUCCUGAAGGUGCAUUCAGCCCCCAAAUCACCAAAGCUGUAGCGCGCCAGCACAUUCUCAGAACCCUGGAUCUCUCAGGGGCAAUGUGGGAUCGGCUGGGAUUUACACCCCCGGGAAUGUGGAAUAUCAAAGGCAAAUUGCGCUUGUCGUACCUCGAGGUCGAUGACAAACGACUGCUUGACGGCGGCGGCCCGUCGGGGCUGGAAGUCGAGGAGCUUCGCAUCGCCUGUGCUGAACGCGGCCUCAACGUGCUGGGCAAGAGUGAGGAAGAGCUGAGGAGGCGGCUUGGUGACUGGCUACGAUUGACCGCGGCUGAGGAGCCGGGCGAGAGGCGGCGGCGGAUAGCGACGCUGCUGCUAACAAGACCCGAGAACUGGCCACAACAGCGCAACUUUACCGUUCCUGAGUGGCAGCUGUAA